UUUCUGAUGGGCAUGAGGUACUACUUCAGUAGAAAAGUUAUCCUCCACUAUCUCGAUUGUGCGCUGCAUACGGACAUGUCCGAUAUUGAGCAAUAUUACAUGAAACCGCCAGGCUCCUGCUUCUGGGUCGCCGUCCUGGACGGCAACGUGGUGGGGAUCGUGGCGGCGCGGGGCAACGAGGAGGACAACACGGUGGAGCUGCGCCGCAUGUCCGUCGACUCCAACUACCGCGGCAAAGGGAUCGCCAAGGCCCUGGGCCGCAAAGUGCUGGAGUUUGCUGUGCUCAACAACUACUCCUCUGUCGUGCUGGGAACCACGGCUGUGAAGAUGGCAGCCCACAAGCUCUACGAGUCCUUGGGGUUCAAGCACGUGGGUGUCGUCGAACAUUACGCCCUGCCGGGGAUGACGCGCUCCUUACUGGAGAGAAUGUUUUUCCAGCUCCGCUACCACCGCUACCGCCUGCAGCUGCGGGAAGAAUAAAAAACCCAACCAACCAAACAAAAAAAAUAUUUUUUUUUUCCUCCUCCUCCCCCUUCAAAAAUAAUAAAUUGCCCUUCUAUUUCUCGUCACUGUUGAUUUGCCAAUUUUGGGUUGAGUUUUUGUUCCCUCAUGUCAUCUUUUGGUUUGCUCCGUGCAGCUUGAUGGUCCGGCCGAGCAGCGCUCCUUCCUCGCAUGCUGUAGGUGGUGGCGCUGGGAGUCCUGCGACCUGGUGGGGCAGAGCGGAGCGGAGCAGCGGCCUCUCCUUCCCAGGUACCUCCGUAAAGCACAGAAACUUUAACUGCAAAAUAGUACCACUGCUCUGGUGUACAUAGUCUUCUCCUUUUCCAAAUGUAAGAUAACAUAGUGAUGCAUUCAUAAUAGUGCAGAAAUAUUACUUGAAUGCAGUUUUCAGUAUUUCAUGCACCAGUAAGUAGAAUAUGCAUUCGUCUUACCGUUAUUUACUGGUUAAUAGUUUUCAAAGAAAAGGUGGGGGGCAAAACCCCCCCGCCCCAACCCGCUUGCUACAAUGCAUGAAGAGGAAAGCGCGUGCACGCACUCAAACACAUCGCACUGCCACCACGGCACUGGUGUUGCACUUUUUUUGGAUGUGCCUCAUUCUGCCAAAUGUCUGAGAGACCCUGGGUGCAUCCGGUAACCACGACUCCGCUCCAUUCCCACCCUCCUUCCUAAGCCAGCACAGACUUGGACCGGCUGAACUCUGAGCCCCAUUGUUCCAUAGCGUGAAGUUUAAGAUCAAACCUAAAUAUCUCCUGCGCUGUUCUGUAGCCACACGUAGCCUGCAGUCCUGGGCCAGACU